CGGGACACCCGGCGCGCCAGAGAAGAAGAACAGGAAGUUGAAGAAGGCGCCGGCAGCAGAAAAACCGCCGGCAGCAAAGAAACCUCUGGCACCCGCAGCCCCACAAGGGUCCACGGAAGCCCGACCUGAGUUUGUUGAAAGCAGGCGGUUGCCCUCUGGUGAUCUUUUGCGAACUGAGCACGAAUCAUCAGCUGCUGCAGCACCGGCACCACAGCCGCGUGCGCUUCCAGGGACGCAGGCCGUUAGGCUUGAUGCCGGCCGGACAGGCACGGGCACUGAGUCCUGCAGCCCAGGCGGCCAGAGUGCGCGCCCAGCUUCCUGUUGUGCACGAGUCGAUGGCAGAUGCGCUGGGAGGCCUUCUGCACAAUGAUAACCACCAUCGCUCAGAGACGGGUUCCGGGAAACACAAACCUGUUUGCAACAGAGAAUUCUGCGUGCGUUUCUAUGGAAAAGCACUGACGCCGGUCCUCCCAGCCUGGGGUCCCACAUGAUGCCAGUGUGAGCUUCUGACCCUCCAAGGGACGCGGUCGCGCAGGGACGGUCGGAUUGUAGGCACACCUCGGGCCGCAGCGACGCCAGGCGGUCUCGGCACUGCCGCCUGAGCCACCAUUUAGAGGGAAGGGAGCCCCGAGAAAGUCCAGCUUCCUCUGCAGCUAAAGAGGAAGGGCGAGGAAGAGAGCUAGGAGCAUCAAUGAUGAGAAAAUCAUGGAUCGACUGCCUCCCACGCCGUUAACGUUAGGCUUGUGGUCUGUGUUCUUGGGCUGGAGAGCCUCCGUGCUGAAGCAGGUCCUGCGUGGGCUCCAGUUCUCGGGCCCAGAGCUGUGUCCUGGCUCGUCCUCUACAAGCUCCCGUCCUCAGGGAGGGGAACUGGACCAGAGUCGCGCGGUGCAUCCCUGCAGGGCCAGCCGGCCGGCAGCUGGGGCCUAGGAGCCAGGACGUGGUACUGUCAGCUCCCGACCGUCCACCCCAGCAGCAGGCUCCUCGCAUCUCACAUGUGGGGCUCGGUGUACAGAGAGGACCCCGCUGCCAGAGAGAGAAGGUCCGAGAGCCGACGGUUCAUUCCGUGGCUGGUUCCCCAGCUGCUCCCUCGGCUGAAAUGCCUAGGAACUCGGGCCGGGCACACCUGCGCUUCAGGCCUCGCGCAGCCACUCCCAGCAGCCCCAGUAGUUCUGGAACCAGUCUGACGAGGGCGUCUGCUGCUGUGGUUUCAUAAAUUAAUUCAGGCCCUUCCACUCCUGGCCGUGCACGAGUCACAGGAGGGAACCGUUAAAAGUCAGAUAGAACAAAGAGACGACUGUUUUCAGACAACGGGCAGUGCCCCCCUCCCAGGCCUGUCCCGCUGCCCAGGGUGAUGGCCCACUGAGGGGCGGCCGUGGAGAGAAGGGGGUCCUGGGCUGAGUGCGCCCUCAAAGCAUGAAGCCCUGCGGCUGAGCUGGGGCGGCCUGCUGGAGGGGAACCCCAGGUUGCAGGGGGCUGGCCUGUGGUCCAAGCCCACCAGCCACACGGGACAUCUCACCCCAGAAGAGGGAGGCCUGGCGGCCGAAGCUCAGCCACAGCUCAGGAGGUCCUGCUGGUCUGCCUGCCAAGCCCACGCAGUGCCCUUCAGAAGGCAGUCGAGGUCAGACCCCGGCGGGAGAACGGUCCACCUUCUAAUAAAGACGACCACGGGGGAAGGAGCGGCUCCCGUCUGCCCGGUGCUGGCUGGCUGUGCGGAUGCCCCUGCUGGGAGGGCCUCCUCCUGCCCUGCCUCCCGCCUCCUGCUCAUCGCGGGCCUGCUGGGAGCCGACCUCAGCCGCAUGCUUACGGUGAAGGCUUCAUGAAUAUGUGAGCAGAGAAAGGCGAAGUACAAGGAGAGCUUUUGGAAGCAUUUACUAUUUUAAUGUAUGUACAGAAGCCAUUGAAAUGGCUAAGACCCAAAUCCUUCAGAAGGAGGGAUGCAGCUGUAGACGUGGAGAAGGGGGCUCACCCAGGCACGGGUCUGUCCUCAGUUUGCAGGUUGAUGUUAAAGCAUCCAUUAAAUACACACCCACGCAGCGGGGUACCAGCUGUCGCCGUUCAGAGACAUGGAGGGACGCAGGUGCGUGUGACUCGGAAGGAAGCCAGCCUGGGGGCUGCCGCCGUAGCUCCAGCUGCUUGGUGGGCGCUGGGAGAGGCGAGUCGCGGGGACAGCAGGGUGCGGCUGGUGGGGGCACGUGGACUUAGCACCAUGAAUGCUCCCGGUGCUGGGCAGGGAGUCUGACAGAAAGAGCGGGGCUCUCCAGGGCAGUGUCCCGGCCAGAGGUGCCUCCCCGCACGUCUCUGUUCAGCCAGGAAACUCGGGGUGCGCCUCAGAAUAAGACUGCUGCUGGGCUCGGUGCUUUUGUGUUUCCUAUGCGACUGCCUUUCUGCAGAUGCUACAGAUAGAAGAGGCCUUUGAAACAGCUGCUCCCUGGGCCGCCCAGAGCGCCCGCCAGGCCGCCGAGGCGUUUGCCUUGCGCCACAACAGCUGCGUCCCUGCUCUAGGCCUGUGGGUGACUUCUCAGACCUGCGAUGGCGACCCAUUGGAAACCACAAAACAGCCCUUCCUUGUUCUUGGCAGCCGUGAGGAGAGAGCGGAGAGCGCGAGCUCAGAGGCGGAGCUGUCCCCGGAGGAGAAGCGGGUCCUGGAGAGGAAGCUGAAGAAGGAACGGAAGAAAGAGGAGAGAAAGCGGCUCCGGGAGGCGGCGGCUGCGGCCCCGGCCCCAGGCCAGCCCCUGCCGGCCAAGCCCUCGGGUGCCCAGCUGGCCCUGGACUACCUCUGUGGGUGAGAGGCCGCGGGGGAUGGGGGGGCUGGGCUGUACCCCAGGUCUGUGGUCUCUGGGAGGACGGGGCCGCCCGUUCUGGCCGGGGCUGCUCUGUGCUGCCCGUGAAGUGCCCCUGUCCCCGGCAGACGGCCUGUCGCUCGGCAGGUCACCUACAGCUGGGCGGCCAGCGGGGCCCCACACCCCCCAGAGGAAUGGCAGGUGGACCCGGGGCACCCCCGCCUCACCCCAGGCCUCUCUCCAUGUC